UCAGGUAGGGUUGCCAUCCAUCGAUAACAGGGGAGCCAGUAGUGUUGGUCACUGAAAUGGCAAUUCUGUUAAGAACUCGUUUCCAGAAACUUCCCCAGGGCACUUUUUUUCUGAGCCAAAAGGACAAGUCAUUACGACUGAGGACUACGACCAGUGUAUCGCUCUAUAAUCGGCAAAUUGUAUUUAUUCGUUACUUAAAUAACCAAGACUGCGCCAAGUCAUAAUGAAGCACAUAAUGGAAACGAAUCUACCGGCAUCCAUUUGGAUGAACAAGAGUUCUCCCGAGCCAAGUUUUGCCACGUCCAAUGGGGUGAAAAAUAAGACUGUGUCCUUUUCGCGAUUCAUCCACACCGAUCGUGUCGCAGAUGGCCCGACCAAUGCGGUUCAAAAGAAGACUGUGUUCUUUUCGCGAUUCGAGCGCACCAAUCGUGCCGCAGAGAACCUGACCCGUCCAUUGGCCAGCAUGAAACCAAAACAGGCUGUGGCUUCCACCUCGAAUGAGCCGUUCUUUGCCAGCAACCUGAAGUACUAUCCCCAUCUGCCCCAGCCAGCUUUUGUGGGCAACUACCAGACCUAUGCCGAAAUCAAAGGCCUCUGGUUGGAUGGUCAUUUCUCCCAAGCUUGUAACACCACCCCGUCGCCGGCGCAGCCGCGUCGUCGUAAUUCUAUUACCAACGAGUUCCCGGAUGAUCCACCUAAGCGAGCUCCCAACCGCCGCUACUCGCUUGUCCGCCGCAACUCGAUUAACCCCCCAAUUGCCAAUUUUGCUAUGCCCGUGCUGAUGGAGGAGAAUGAAGUGCAGGAUCUAAAUGAGACCAGUGGCUCCACCAAGCCAGCUACAUCGACAUCGAAAGGCGCAAUCCCGAAGCAGCCCAAGAAGUUCCCCUUAACCUUCUAGAAAUGC